GCCCCACCCCGGCCUGCUUGUGCCCUCUCCUAGACGAGGCUCACGAGGCAGGGACAGGCUGCUGGUGCCUGAGUUGUGCGGUGGGUGGUGGGUGUCUGUGCCCCUCCGUCUGUGGGCCUCUGGUUGCCCCCUCCACAUCUCCUGACCAGCCUCAUUCCCCUGAGAACGACUGUGGUUUUGCUGUCUCAUAGGACAGGACAUAAUGAAAUAGCCAGUCUGGGACUUCCCUUUCCUGCAGAGCCCAGACCCUCCGGUGCCUGGAGCAGACGGCGCUCAGCCCCUCCUGGAGCGAUGGACCCCCGCUGCGUGUGCCUCUGGGGUCUGCUCACAGGGGGCGCACUGUGGGGCGGCUGGGCAGAGCCCAUCUGGAACAUGCAUUUCCCCCCACGGAUAACGGGGCUGAGAGGAGGUUCCAUUGUGCUGCCCUGCACCUUCACACACCCGCUCCAUGACUACAUGGGUAAAAUCCAGGUGAUCUGGAAGCCCGAUAUUUUCCAAUGCCUGGUGAACAACCGCAGCACUGAGACCGGCAGCUUCGAGAACUGCACGGCGGGUCAGGAGCCGAGUGGGCGCUUCCGCCUGGCCGGGGACCCCCGGCGACACAACCUCUCCCUGCACAUCGCAGGGCUGCGCUUCGAGGACAGCAGGGAGUACAAGUGCCGCGUGGUGCUCGUGGGUGUAACGGGAGCGGCCUACGAGCCCAGCGCUGGGGUAACGCUCACCGUGGAAGCACAACCCAGCAUCCUCAACCUCACGCUGUUCCCUGGGCCCCUCCCUGUGCGGGUGGCCUGCAUGGCCGAGGGGAAGCCUGUGCCCAACAUCACAUGGCUGGGGCCGGCGGGGAGCGAGGUGGUGCAGCUGCAGGACACACCUGGGCUCUGGAACCGGACGACGCAGGAGGUGUCCGUGAGCCGGAACGGGACCUACACCUGCCGGGCGGAGAACGUGCAUGGCCGGGUUGAGAGCUCGGUGCUCGUGGGGCUCAAGGGACCCAAGGGGCCGCCCCUGCUGCUUACCAUCCUCCUCCCAGCAGCCCUGUUCCUGCUCGCCGUCCUCCUGCUGCUUGCCCUCUGCGCCCGAUGGAAAGUCUGUUGCCGGGUCCCGGGGAGGGAGCCGGCAGCCCCGGUGGGCCUCACCCAGGAUGCACCUUGCACAGAAGGAAGGGAGAGCGUAGGGAGAGCUCAGCCCGGUGAGGCCGAUACCUGCUUUCCCUGCCAGCCACCUGCUCAUGCCAAUGGGCGGCCUCCUGCCCAGGCCCUGCCCCAGCCUGGGCCCAGCUCCCCUGUAAGGCAGCUGCCUCUGUCUCCAGCAGAGGACCCAGACAGCUGCACCUACGCAGAUCUGACCUUCCCCAGCCCUGGGGCCGGCAGGAGAGGUCCCCAGCCCGCAGCCCAGAGCCCCCCAGAGCCAGCAGAAGGUAAGUGGCGCUUCUGGCCCCGGUGGACCGGCCUGGUGGGGGCACCCGGAGACGAGUGUCCGCCGGGGGGAGAGCCUGGCCAGUGGCCUGGGUCACGCUGACUGCCCCCAGAGUCCCCUUGCAGGAGAUUCGCUGGUUUCCUGUGGCCCUGCUGGGCACCAUCCCCCGAGGGCAGCCGUGCCCUGGGGCUUGGGCUCCAGCGCCGUGUCUGUCUCCGGGCACCCAGGGCCUGAGAGGGGAGCCCCCUCGCCACGCGUUACCAGCGGGAGCUCUGCACACCAUCCGAAUGACCCCACACCACCUGGGGGUAGGGACACUCACCGCCAUGGCCCUGACAGACCCCUCCUUCCCCACACACAGGCCUGGUGGGAGGCAGCCCCAGCAAGUCACCCCAUGGGGGCAGGCGGGGGGAGCUGUGGUUCAGCGUUGCUGUGUGGUUAUUAAACACCAGAGGCGGCUGGGUGAGGGGUCCCUGUAUAAACAGCCCCUGCGCCCCACCCCAGAGGGGCCGCAUCUCUGCACCGGGCGAGGGGUCCCUGUGUAAACAGCCCCUGCGCCCCACCCCAGAGGGGCCGCAUCUCCGCACCAAGCGAGGGGCCCCUCUAUAAGCAGACCUGGUGCCCUCACCCCAGUGUUGGGCAAGGGGUCCCAGGACCCUUUGCUAACUCAUUCAGGUCUCUCUGCAGAGGUCACCUAUUGUGAGCUGAUGCCAUACAGGGGACCCAGGUGAGCUGUCCAUCCCGGGACCCUCCCUGCCCCGUUCCCUCUGGAGUCACUGCACAAGGCACUGGAGCCUGGAGCAACCCACCUCAGCGAAACGACACUCAGCAGCCUUCCCCUGGGGCUGUGAGCACAGCUGCCCUCCCUCCCUGACAUGUUCUUCUGUACCAGACACGGGCCAGCUACAGAGCUUGCUUCUACACCAGCUGUGUUCAGCAUCAGUUUACUUCCAACACCACGCCAUGUUCCUCUGUGCCCGAUACCGGCUGGUGACAGAGCUUGCUUAUAGACCAGCUGUGUUCGUCAUGAGAUCCUUUAAAGCUCCGCCAGGUAUGGCUGAGGAUCAUUUAAAUAAGGUAUUAUAUACACAGCACCACCGCGUGGCUGAACACUAUCAUGCAGUUUAACAUCCUAUUUAACUCCUAUGACCCAAAACACCCUUGCAUUUGUUGCCGGCACCCAGUGCCGAGAGGCUGAACAACAGCUUGAGUUGGUUCGUUACCCGGUGUGCUACACCCAAUAAUCACAACGGGGUGGAGAAGCAGAAAAGUUUAUUUGCAGCUGCAAAAAGGUACAGGGAGAAUAAAAUCUCAAAUCCUGCACACAGAGCAGGAAGUUACACAGGCUUUUAUACAUCCUUUUUCCCAGCAUACUUAUCCAAUAGCAAGCU